AUGGUGCUGGUCGCCGUUGCGGAUGGACAAGAGAGAGGGACGACGGCUUGGCAGCUAGCUGCGCGUGCACCUGUGCUACCUCCAUCAUCGCUUCGCUCUACUACCUCUGACGUCUUGAGAGAUGCGCAGCAAGCCCAUGCGCACAUCUCGCAGCUACCAAAUAUCAGAGCCAAUGACUCGUCACCAGACACGAAUGCCGCCAGUGCGCCUCUUUGGGUCCACGGUCCCGCAUCCACCCAUGUCACCAAUCACGUUGGUCCAUCCGCCGAGCACUUGCCGCUUUCGCCUCUGCGCGCCUCGACACAUGCAACUCACGAAGCUGACAGCUCUAGCACUUCUCUUGCACCGCACGAGCCACACCUUGGUACCGAUGAAGAGAGUUGGUGGCACAACAUCGACUUGGACGAGAUGCAUGAUCUCCUGCGAACGCCGUCGCCAGCUCAUGGCACGCAUGCGCACGAACAGGAUGCAGUGGAUGAUGACUGGAUCAACUCUUUGCUGCGCACUCCUGAUGGUACGCCUCCACGUAGUCCGCUGCAUCCCAGCUCCGGCGCGUCCGUUGGUGGGUCUCCGACAGCGGUGCAGCCAGACGCUGCUGGGAGCAACGAGCAGGAAGCGGCGUCACCUUUGCUGCAUUCGGUCGCUUCCGAUUCAAGCACUCUGCCAAAUAUGAAAAGCACCCAAAAGCAAACGGGAAAUGUCGAAGCAUCGCCGGGAGAGGAGACACAGCGCAAGAGGAACACGUCCGAGCCAAAGAGGCACGUGGAUGGGACGAGUAGAAGCAUCAACGGUGCGCAGAGGACAGGCUCCGAUGCUCGACCCCUAAGGCCGUCGAAAGCGCAGAUGCAGAUCCUACUCUCCGCGAAGCGCUGGAAGGGAACAGCGGAAGAAUUUGGUCCGCACCUUCCAAACGACAUUCGACAGAUUUACAGGCUCAAAGAUUGGGCAACGACAAUCGGCACGCGCACCGACACCUUUCAGGCGGCCAUCGAUGCCCGUGCUCGCACGGCCGGUCUUGCAAAGGCACCUGAUACGUACGCGGAAUGGCUUGCGCGACCAAUGCAGACGUUCAACAAGGUCAAUCAACUGCGCUCGGGUGUCACUGCUCUUUUCAGAGAGCGGGACGAGGCGAUGCGCAACAACAGGGACACCUCUGACGUCGAUGCUCGCAUUGCCGAGAUGGCGGCCCAGCACGGCGUAAGACAUCCCGUGUCGAGGCAACACUUCAACGGCAUGAUUGCCAGACAGAGAAAACGCGCAAAGCGAGCGGCGGCGGCAACGGCAACGGCAGCGGCAGCGGCGACCGAAGACCCUCAGCGGAGCUCAUGA